GUCCAGCAGUCAAUAUGGAGCCCGCAUUUGUGAACAAUUAUUCACCACCUGCACCGGCCGUACAUCCGCCGAGUGACCUUUCCUCCACGGAGCCAUACGACAUCAACUUUGCAUUUCCUCUGCACCCAGCGACGCUCACAUCUUCUCGCGUCCGCAUCACACCAUUUGUACCGCGCCUGCACGCUCAAGAGUUUUGGAACCAAGCCGCCCUGCAUUAUGACGCGCUCUUUCGCUACUACCCCACCGCGCCGCGAGACCUCGCGGAAUUCUUGGAGUGGAUGGAAUACUUCCGGAGCAAGGAAGAGUGGUGUACGUUUGCUGUGCUCGAUCGCACGGGCGGUGAAGAACGUUUUGCCGGUAUGCUGUCGUUGAUCAACACCUCCGGACGCAACCUUUGGUCUGAGAUCGGCUUCGUCAUGAUCCUCCCUUCCUUCCAACGCACACACGUCGCCCGCACAGCUAUCGCGUUGAUGCUCCGCUAUCUCCUUCAGACACCUACCUCCAACCCACCCGGCCUUGGCUUCCGACGUGUGCAGUGGUGCGCGCACCCGGGCAACGCCCCAUCCAUUGGGCUUGCAAAGAAGAUGGGCUUCAAAGAGGAGGGUCUGUUGCGCUGGCUCUGGGCGUUGCCGGACAUCGAAUGCAUGAAGAAUGUGGGUGUCGAGGUCAAGCGUAGGGGAGAGGAGAAACCGGAAGGGUGGGCGAGGCAUACCGCGGUACUGUCGUUGUGCUGGGACGACUGGGAUGAUGGAGGACUGGACCGCGUGAAGUCGAUCGCAGACCUGUGAUGCGACGAAGAAAGCGAACACACAUCCGUAUUGCAGCUUGCUAUCUGGAUAAAUAUACAACUCCUCGUUGG